AUGGAUAUGAACCACCUCAUAGGUCAGCGUUUCAACCUGAUCUCGAAGAGUGACAUUCGCUACGUUGGCACACUCCAUGAAAUUAACCCAGAAGCCUCCACAAUCGCGUUGGAAAAUGUCCUUUCUCAUGGUACUGAGGGCCGUCGAGGAAAUGGCAACGACCUUCCUCCGUCCAGCAACGUUUACGAGUACAUCGUAUUCCGAGGCAGUGACGUAAAGGACAUCAGCAUCGCGGACGAGGAGAAGGAGGAGACUGCACAGGCUGAACCCCCUCGUGUCCCUGACGACCCCGCAAUCUUAGGAAACAUGUCGCGACCGGGUCCUGUGUCGGGUCCGGAGCCGGUUCCUGGCCCUGGUCUUCCUCAAGGAACUCCUCAACAGCCACAGGGAGCUCAGCCAGUACAACAGUACCCAGUCCCCUUCCCUGGUGGACAAUAUCCCCCAGCCCCCUAUGGACAACGAUAUGAUCCCCGGUUCCUUCCCGGUCCCAAUGGCCCUGCCCCUGGUUUCCCACCUUACGGCAUGCCUCCUCACGGUGGCCCUCCUCAUGGUGGUCCCCAGGGAUGGUACCCUCCCCCUGGUCCUUUCCCUCCAGGACAAUUCCCACCCAAUAUGCCGAUGGGUCCCCACGGUCAGCAUAUGCCACCUCAGCAGCGUCCCGGCCCCCCUGGUGUGCCACCUCCUCGCGCUACCUCGGAACUCCCUGUUGGUGACAAGGCAACCAGCAAGCCCUCUACUCCUGCUGCUCAGGUUGCGCCGACUCCUCCAGUGGAGUCUAAGCCCUCCGUUGCUGAGGCUAUGCAUGGCAUGACUGGACCUACUGCCGUUCCGGUCAAUACUCAGAAGAGCGGUCGAGUUGUGCCGGCCGUUCCAAUUGCCGCUCCCAAGUCUAUUGCCCCCGUUGUCCCGGAAAACAAUGCUUCCAUCGCAGAUGCCACAGCUGCUGCUACUGCCGCGGUUGCCGCUGCAAUGGCUAAGCUGCCUCAGCCGGGCAUGCAAAAGAAGCCCGGCCAGACCGAUGGCUCUAUUGACGGACUUGCUCGUAAGAUGAAUGACAUGCGGCCUUACGAUGGACCUCGUGCCCCCCGCGGUGGUAACCAGCACCCUCACCCCCACCCUCAUCCUCGUGGCGGACGCGGUGGAGCUCCCCGUGCCCCACACAAGAAGAUUGAGGUUCCCGAGUCCGACUAUGACUUCCAGACUGCGAAUGCCAGGUUCAACAAGCAAGAUAUGGUGAAGGAGGCUAUUGCUACCGGCGCUCCUGCUCUUGAGGCUGAGUCCCAUGCCAACGCAAGCAUUGGGGCUGAGGCCGCGGGCGAAAGUGACCCUACUGGCGCUUCGCUUUACAACCGUACUUCAUCUUUCUUCGAUAACAUCUCCAGCGAAGCACGCGAUCGUGAGGACAACUUUGCUGUCCGUCCCGGUGGUCGCGAAUGGCGUGGUGAGGAAGAAAAGCGAAACAUCGAGACCUUCGGUCAAGGCAGUGUUGACGGUUACCGUGGUCGGGGUCGCGGCCGAGGUUACGGCCGUGGCCGUGGUUAUAGCCGUGGUUAUGGUAACCGUGGCUACGGUGGUCGUGGUCGUGGUGGCAGUGGUCGCCCCUCAUCCCAGUCUACCGGUGUCCCUUCAUUGGGCUAA